AUGCCAGUGUAUUGUGUUGAUGUGUAUAGAAGGGGCUUUGGACACAGUGGCGUGUACACCAUCUACCCUGCAGGAACAAGCUGUGAGGACCAACCUGAGGGGGGGAAAUGGACCGUGAUCCAGGAGAGAAAGGAUGGGACAGUGAACUUUUACCAUGGAUGGGACCAAUACAGGAGUGGGUUUGGGCAGGCAUCUGGAGAGUACUGGUUAGGCCUAGAAAACACCCAUCUCCUCACUCAGAGGAAGAAGUAUGAGUUGAGGGUGGACCUGGGGGACUUCGAAGGGGCUAAAGCCCACGUGCAGUACUCCUCCUUCUCUGUCGACUCUGAGCAUGAAGGAUACAAGCUGCAUUUAAGUGGCUUCAAAGAUGGAGGUGCUGGUGAGUCUAAAGAACAUUACAAUGGGCAGAAGUUCUCCACCUUCGAUAAAGACCAGGACACUCACACUUCAAACGGUGCUAAAUCAUAUCUAGGAGGAUGGUGGUAUGGAGAAUGCCACAGUGUCAAUCCCAACGGGGUAUAUCUAUGGGGCGACUCAAUCUAUUGUAUUGGUAUCAACUGGAUGUAUUGGAAAGGUUAUAAAUACUCUUUAAACGCCAUUGAAAUGAAGAUAAGGCCUGUGGUAUAA